AUGUCGUCCUUCAGUUCCGUCGUCCGCAAACCUGGUCAGAAGAUUGCGCCCAGAGCUGCACCCAGAAGAAACAUCCAGCGCAGAGCGCAAAAAGACAAUGCCGUCGCGGGAGUCCUCACGCCGGAGAGUCAGACGCAGCCUGCAGCAACACCUGCUUCAACCAGUGAUCAGAGGGUAGACGACACGCAGCCCACCCACGAUGCAUCCACCUCGAUACUAACCCCGCCACCAACCGCGAACGGUGAUUAUGAAGAGGUGGUUGCGAGGUCUCCGUCGCCCGAACCAGUGCCCGAGAUCCCGGAGGAAGCAAUCACGCGACCCGUGCAGAGAAGCGCAGAUGCUGUGCCUACUGUUGCGACAUUGCAGGUGGGCUCAAACUCAACGCGAAGAAGUCGCAGGUCCUCAGCUGCUACAAUUGUACAAGAACCGGUGGACCACCGGCGAGCACAGGAACCGCUAGUCAAACCAUCAGACACUGCUGAGCCACCGCCAAAACGACGGAAAACGGCUGCCACCACAUCAAAGCAGCCCGAGCCUCCGCUUGAGCCUCCGGUUGAUCGGCCAAGUCAGAAUGGCGCACGAACAGAACAGCCCGUUUCCACGCCUAGCAUUCAUGUCAGUCUGAAUACCGACGACUUGGUGCAGCAAUUCCAGUCCGUGACCUCUGCCACCCGUGGAAUCUCUGAACUCCUGGCGCAAUCAACAACGCCUCGUCCGACCGGCUUAGACUCAGUGGCCUCCAAUCGCGCCACUCCUUCUGCGAACACAACAAAUAACACUGAUCAAUCUGCUCCUGGAGCUGUCCAAAACGUGGCUGCCCAAAUAGUCGCCUCCGCUAUCCGAGGCAAGAAGAAGCGCAAGCCUCGCCUCGAUACAAACCCAGAAGAUGCUGAAACCCAUCGCAUCGACCCAACCACGACCUCUAUGUUUGAUUUGAUCAAUGACAGCGGGCUUGGUAAACGUUCCGAGACUGGUAAGCGCCUCGAUGCCGAAUGGUCCGACAUCAAGUCUCGCUGGGACGCCAAACUCGAAGCCAACCGCACCAAAGCAAAGUUGAAGGCCGCCGAACGCAAAGCCGCGCGUGCUGGUGGCGCUGGAGCAGCUACAGCAGAAGGCGAGGAGCUCAUUACUGCGGCUGCGGCAGUGCCCGAGUUCGUUAUGGCAAACGGCAUAAUUCAAGUGGUCGAGUCGACCCGCCAAAUCGACUUCAACGACAAUAUUGCAGAGCGCAUAGCCCAAGUCGACGAGUCAGAAAUUCAGACUGAUGAGCGCAUCUACAACUACGUCAAUCAGAAUCGUAUUGGGAAGAAAGCGGGCUUACAAACACGCACGAAGUGGAAUGAUGAGCUAGAUCAGAAGUUCUGGCAAGGGCUACGGACGUUUGGGACUGACUUUGAGAUGGUGGCGCGCUUUCUGGGUGGCGACUGGACCAGGAGGCAGGUCAAAGCGAAGUACGUCAGGGAGGAAAGACUUGACUUUGGGAAAGUGAAAGCAGCACUAUCGGGCCGCGAACAGUUGGACUUGGCUGGAUAUGCUACGUUGACCGGCGAAGACACAUCAACCUUUGUCGACCCGAAAGCAUUGGAAGAAGAGCUGUCAGCGAUGGAGGCGAAGAUGAAUGCAGACUAUGCCAAAGCCAAGAACGCAGGCGAUCACCCUGAGGACGAAGAUGGAGUAGAAGAAGAUCAAGAGCAGAACGAAGCCGAUCAGCCUAUUGAGUCCAUUGAGACGGAUCAUCCUCCAGAGACAGUCGAGCAACAUCGACUAUCGCCGGAGCAGGAACGGCUACGCGAAACACCCUCCGCCGCUACAAAUCGGAAUGUCGCCAUGGCUGCCGCAGUCGUCCGAGACGUCGUCGCACCCGCCAAGAAAAAGCGCCAACAGGCCCAGCCUCAACGCAAGCAGCGCGAGCAGACUGGCGCAAGCAGGACUGGCGGUGCUUCCGCUGCUCCUGGAGGUAGGAAGAGCACGAAGGGUCGGAAGCCGCUGGAGGGUGUGGAGGAGCGGAUUGGUGCUGCUGGUGAGGUUGACUGA